CCUGACACAUACGCAUGUUCACUCGCAUUCUUAAAGGUUAUCUUUUCCAAUAGUGGCAAUGCUCGCUUGACCUCAAUUGAACGGGUUGGAUCUGCUAGCUUCACCACACCUAACGUUUCUAUCUCUGACAUAUCCUCGAUCAGCUGCUUUAGCUCCUCAUCUUCAACUGAACUUCUUUCAUACACCUUUAAACCAUUGUAUGGGAGUGCUACACUUCGCUCACCGGGUAACCCAUCCAAGUAGGGUCUCAACUGCAUGAGGUACUCUGUCAACGUCCGGUUGACCAGAGGGUUUCAAAAUUUGUUUUGGUAGAAUCAAGUCAGAGGUGUUAGUUCCAAUUAUGAGUUGCACUGGACCUGUGUCGGUGUCACGUAAGUCCAAGUUCUUCAGGUGCUGAUGCUCUUGCUUGAUUAUUGACCACUUCAACUUCUGAUCCGGACCAUUCAGGCUAGGAAUUGUUUUCACAUCUCGCAAGGAGUACUGGACUUCCUCUCUUCCGACUCGUACGACAUGGCAUUUCUUGAUGUGCUUGUAAGUAAACACCUUCCGCACAUUUACUCCUUGAAUUUCGAGAUCUGCCUCUUUGCCUUGAAGUCCAAAUCAGAGCGCUAAUCUUUCAUCUAUGUUGUGUUACAGCUUAAGUCACGCAAUGCCAUCACUUGUUGUUUUCCUGUUUCUCCACAACCUUUUCUAGUGUUUUCAGUAAUUUCCAGAUCUAAGCGCGAGACCCGAUCAUUCACACUGUCUAAAGGUAAUUCAUGCAACUCUUCAUCAAUAUCGCCUUUAUUCGACAUACCUUCUUCCUGGGCGAUAGCAUCUUCGAACUCAUAUUCCAAUCUUGAUUCCUCAGCUUUCUUUUGAAAUUCCAAAAGCUUUGCAUACUGCUGUUGUUCGGCUCGCAGACACUCGAUCUCAUUUGCGAACUUUUGCUCGGCUAUUUUUAGUUCAAGGGCUAACUUCUCGGCUUGCAAUUUCUUUCUUAAAACGGAACGUUUACUUGAAGUAGUCGACUCACUUUGCGUAAACGGUCGGGUUGUUUCGUCUCCUCCUCUGUUCGAGGCACUCAUCUUAGCGCGACUUCAAUGACUCUUCACAAUAUUCAACCGCACGGCUCGAUGAUAAAAUUACACGCAGUUACAUGUACACCGCUGACUUACAGCUUGACUCGGCGAUUUUUCGCUUGAUUUCGCUCAAUAUCCGGCUCGAAGGACCAAAUGCCGUUGCCGGACGACAAUUAAACUCGGGUGGUCCGUUUAAGACGACUUUAUUCGCAGGUUUUACACUCACAACAACACCGCUUUUACCGCUUACGUUAUUAAAAACUCACAGUCAAGGACUAUUUUCAAUAUAAUCUUUACUCAUUCACAGCCUACUUUUAUAUGCAAAGGUAUAGUAAAGAUGAUUCACCAUAUGCAACUGAAGCUAGAUGUUUCAGGGAUUUAAAUCAAGGAUCACUAUGUUUAGCAGCAAAAAACAUUGUGGGAGUCAUCUAUGGUGACACGUUAAAAUUGCCUGUUCACAUUUUGGUGGGCUAAAGUUCCUGAAGAAAUUCUUUUUUAAAAAAAUAUUUUUGUAAAUAGCUCAAUACUAAUUUCUACAGUUAUUUCUUGGAAACUGCAGUUAAAAUAAUAAUGCUUAGUUACGCUGAGAAAAGAAUUCAGAAAAAUUUAGUGGCCCUUUGAAGGUCCACCAAAUUUGUUAAGGCAGACACAUUAAAGCACUUUUAAUGGACUAUCAUCCAAGAGCUGUUCUUGUAUUAUUGGCACAAUCGUAGUACGUGUGAAUUUCAGUUGCAAACAUUAAAAAUUCAUGUAUAAUAACUUUUGCGUGUUGCUUACCGGUAUACGUGUCCAUGCCAUGCAAUUAUCCUCGAAGUUUACUUUUGAUUGUUUGAUUGCUCUUAGUUCCGAUAAAUUUCAUUGGGAUUAGAGGUAAACCAACUGUUUUUGAAAGCGACAACUUACAGUUAACCUGUGAAGCAUUGAGUCGAGUAGAACCAAACAUCACGUGGACCAAAGGGAAGCCUGGGAACCAAGGGAAUACUGGUGUGGUGCAAGAAGGAAAGGUGCUGACUAUAACAAACAUCAAAAGGACUGAUGUAGGAACAUUUACAUGUACAGCAUACAAUGGCUUUGGUAAACCAGAGAACCAAACUGUUUAUGUGAAUGUUACUUGUGAGUAUGCAUUGACAAAAACAUUGACUUAUGUUAAAUAUAGAUGCACUUUCCAUAUAUUUUUUGUGUUGUGAUGUGGUAAGUCGUGCUUUCAAUUACUUUAAUUGAUGUUUGCCUAUGUACAUCAGUGCUGGGCUCUAAGCUCAAUAUUUAAAAAAAUCACCUUUUGGCAACCUUCAACUGAAAAAUGGUUGCUUUAAAACAAACAAAAGAAACUCACAUUGAAGGGAGCAUAUUUCAUGCUGCACCACAGGAGUUAUUUACCUUUUGAGUAAUUUAUUUGGCAUGCAUCUAUGAGGAUCACUCAGGUAAUAUCCAGACAAUAGCAAUUUCAUUGAAACCACCAUACACUAAUAAGGUAUUACAACUUCAUGUCGAUUUAAGUGUGCCAUUCAGAAAUGAGUGUUACAACUGGAUUUUGUGCAUAGAAGGCUCAAUUUAUUCCUUUGGGUAUUCACUUCGGGUGGGCACGUUUUGCAACCCUCUUGUACAUAAAUGUACUGGUAGGGUUGGACCCCUUAGCUAUUGAAGACAGGUCACUCAGAUGUAUCUUUGCGUAGAUGCUGUUUUUAAAUAUGAUUUUUUAUUUUCCAAUUUGUUGUACAGACCCGCCCAAGAUUGAUAAUUUUCAACCUGAGUAUAUUGUUGGUGUACAACAAAGUUUAACUCUUAACUGUGAAGCAGAAGGAAACCCUCCACCUACUUACAUUUGGACUCCAUGUGACCCAGAACAAGUUUGUAACAAGAAUACUCUUGAUAUUUCACAAGUCCUUAAUGAUGUUAACUAUACCUGCAGAGUGGCCAAUGUACAUGGAAAUGAUUCAAAAACUGCCAAUGUUUGUAAGUCACAUGUACAUUGUAGUUGUGCAUAUAACAGCUGUAUCUUAAUUCCUACAUUUACCAACAUGACAUUUUGAUUGGGUUCUCUAAGUGUGGAACCAGGGGUUAGCCUAUUAGGUUAUAAAAGCCCAAAUAGUGCCUUUACUUUCUCUUUAUGGAUAACUCUCUGUUUUCUUUAAAUAAUUUUACAGUGUACAUGCACAAUAUUUAUUAUUUUAUAACAUGUAAAAUGCAAAGAAAGUGGUGCAGUAAUUUAAACUUCAGGAGGCUUAUACAGGGGUGAUUAUCAAAAAUAGGGAAAAAAAGUCAGGGAAAAUACUAUAGUCUGUGAGGGAUUCUGACAAGGUACAGGAAAAAUUGUAAUUUUGUGGGAUGUUUUUUCAGGAAAAUGUAGGUGAGGUUUUAGUUCUUUCAUUUUUUAGUCAUUGUAAGCUGCAGUACUUAAGACCUACGUAUUUUACAGUGAACAUCGAUUUUAUAGUGUUUCCAUUAAAGUAAGAGAAGUCAAAUAAAACCAUGCUGUGUCUCUAUAUUUUCCUUAUGGCCAUGCGCUUGAAUUUGAAAGCAAAAGGUCAGUUUGAUAUGAGCAACUGACUUUUCCCCUAAAUUGUUUUGCUUAAUCAGUAGAAGAACAUUUUCAAAAUUUUUUGCCAAACUGUUUCUCUUGUUCAUGCUUAGGAAGAAAAAGGACAACAAAAAAAGUUUUCAUUUGACAAGCAAUCAACACAAUCCACCAAAAAGAAACAUGAUGAGAAUUUGACAGGUGCCCAGGAUGAUAUAAACGAUGGCAGUAACCCCAGUUGUUCUUGUUACAAGCCACUUACUGAGAGCAACAGACAUCUCAAUCCUCUUUGAGGUUAAAUAACCUUAGAAUGGUCCUAAAUUUUUUACAAAACCCUGGUUUUCAAACGGAAUACUUGUAUCAAACAAAAGAUUUAGUAAAUCUUUUUGUUACGAUUUUUCUCCACUUCACAGACAUUGGAGGAAAUGUGAUUAACAUAACUAUUGUCAUCACAAGUGAACCAUGUAUAGAUGGAAAAUACAACCAAUCCUUAUUCCUGGAGAAAUUAAAAAAACCCGUAAGUUAAUAUACUAUAACUUAGAUAUUGUUGUCAAAGCUAUUAAUUAAACAUAUUCUAGUUUACAUGGAGGGACUUUUUUUUCUCACAAAUAAAUUGUGUGCCUGUGUUGGACUUCACUUCACCUGCUAAAUUGUUAAUUACAGGUGUCACUGAGUAUGGGUUACUUCAGGGUCAAAGACUGAUGCGCUGGUUACGUAAUGAUUAAAAGGAAAUUUGGCUGGUGGAGAAUGUGUGGAGAGUAUUUCAUUAACUUCUACAGUGUUUCUUGAAUUCCUAGAUUGCACAUAGUCUGUCCAACUUCUGUCAAAUCUUCAACUUGAAAAGCUAGUCACAACCUUCUUAUUAUUCAGUGUUUGCUCAUGGUCUGUAUUUAGGGCAAUAAGAGGCCUGUUGCUUUCUUUCCAAAUUAAAAUAAGAGGCAAGUGAUGAAAAGAAGACCACUCAUUGAAGUAGCGCUUUAAAGAAACAACUGAUUAAUACUCAGAGACUGAUUCCCAGCUAAUUCUCGGCAAAAGCCAUGUUCAAAUUAAUACAUAAUAUUUGGUGUCGUCAUCAUUUGUUUUUAUGUGUGAUACAUGUACACUAACAUUUAAAGACAAAUGAUUGAAAUGCUUACUUCCAGCUUAGGGAGGCUUUUGCUGAUAAAACUGGCUAUGAGGGAGUGCAGUUGAUAGGUGUGAGGUAUGGAAAUUAAUGGGAAUUAAUGGAUUUAGAUGAUUGCCAGUUGCUCUUGCUUUCAAAUAUUUAAAUUUUGUUAUUUUCUCUUUUGUUAUCUGUUUUCCAUUUCAUAUCACCCUAACCCUCAAUUAAUAUUUGUCUCUAGGUGUGGAAUUAUCAUUGCUGACCUUGCACUGAAAUUCAACUCCACUACAAAGGAACAAGAUGUUAUCAUGACACUUAAUGACGCUGUGAGAGAUGGAAAGCUGGGAGAGUUCAGUGUUGGUGCCAUAAAAGGGAAAAGACCUGAUGUGGAACCAACAGAUGGAGGUGCCACAUCACCGCUUGACAGGUCCUAUGUGGGUAAGUCUUCUUAACACUCCAUACAAAUGUUUUGCAAGUUGAUUUAUGAAUGUCCUUUCCCUGUGCUUGGUUGUAAGCGUAUUUUUUUGGUGUGAAAAAGGAUAGUUUUGAAAGUUACUUUAUUUAACUCAAACUUGGUACUGUAGCAAGUUUAUACAGAUACCUGAAAACUUGGUGUUUAAUGGUAAUGAUAACAGUGACAACCAACCAACCCUAAUUUGAGCACCAAUAGGACAGUGUAUGCAUCAUGUGAGCCCACUUUUGUUGUGCAUUUUUUCAAGUUAACUGUUGAUUUCUAUGCAAACAUGUAACGAAUGAUUAGUAGAUGUAUGUUUCCCAAUAUCUUGUGCUUUUUAUUUGCUUAAAUUCACUGUUGUUCAGAACAUGGAUCAUUCAUAUCUUUUUUUUCUGAGAUGGUUAAUCGAAAAAAAUAAUGUGUUGCCCACCUGAGUCCAAAAAAAUAGCAGCCAUGCUUGUUUUCCUCAAAUUAGUCGAGUAUAUUUUUUUAAGAAUCUUUAGAGCUUCCAAGUGAGACAAGAACAGGUAAAGCAUUCUUUAAUGACAAAGGACAGGACUUUCUAAAUGUUAAGCAGCGAGUAAGUUAAUCUGAUUUGGUACUUUCUAGACACCUGUGACGUUUAGUUUCCUGAAAAUAAUGAUAAUAAAAAAAAAAAAAGGUUACUGUCCAACUGAAUCGAGCUUUAAUUUUUGUAGUCGAAGGACACAAUUUUGCUUGUAUUGCAUACCUGGUAAAUUACCUCUCAAGGAAGUUGCCAGCUGACUUUGCUUCCGUAAAUUAGUUCUAUUCACACCAUAAUUUUUCUCAUUUCCACUUGUUCAAACUUAACGCCAACAUCGCAUAAAUUAGCAGAAAUUUUAAUUGACAUCUCACCUUUACUUGCCAUGAUGACGUUGAUGACUGUGUGGCGAUUACGAAGUUGAGUACGCUAGACGUCAUGUCGGUUCUCCACAUGAACUGAAAUAAAGUUACUGUGGAACCAAACGCUGUCUCAUCCUUGUCGUCCGUAGCAAGUUCGCUUGAAGCAGGUCUCCAUGUACCAGGAAGCAUUGACGAGUUUCUGUUCCUGCUGCGAGUGGUCUCUACCGAGCUAUCUUCCCCCGUUAUUGUUAUGAAUUGUGAAACACAAAAUUGUGGGAAGAAGAUAAAUUGAGUUCUGACUGAAUUCCAAAUGUUUUCUGACAGUAGUACAGAGGCAGAUUCUUCAUGAUAAGAUCAUUGGAAAAAAUUAUCUGAAGCUUAUCACGCAUUGUAGGUAUCAUAGGUAUUGUUGUUGGUGCAGUGUUUGGAUCAGUUGCUGCCCUGGCUGUUGCUGGAAUAUUAGUUUGGUGGACUUGCUGGAAAAAGAGGCGCAACACGAAAGGCGCUGAAGGUAAGUGUUGCAUACAUGUUAUGUUCUCAAAUGAACACUAGUUUUGGCAUCCUUCUAUAACUAGGUACAAUCUUCGGUUCACUAUCCGCUGCAUUAUGAUCUUUGCUCGAGCAAUUCUACAUUUUUAACAAAUAACUUUUAGAACAGUGUAUUGUAAACCAAUAAUUUGAUUUGUUGUUAUCUAUUUUGUGGUUAGCUAGUUAUAGUUAAAAGACCUCGCAUGAUGUCGAACACUUUAAGACUCGAUGUACAUCAAGCAGACUUUACUUUGCUUGUGAGAGAUAAAUUUUGCUUGGUGUCGAUCAUUUAUUGUUUUGUUUUGUUUCGGUUCGCUUUUUAUUUUUCUGUUUUUUUUUUCACGACAGAGGUGGCGAUGAGCGGAAGGUGAGAUUUUUCUCUCCAAAUGUUGCUGUCUUUUUGGGUUGUUCCUUUAUGGCUCAAUCGUUUCUGCAAUUUUAACACCCACAGUGUUUUUCAUGUGAAUGUUUGUGAUUGAUCUAAUUACCACAACCUUCAAGGCACUCUUCCGCAGCAGAGAUGCCACCAUACACGUUUUGGUCAGUCAAUUUAAUGGUUGUCACCUGUACAAUAACCGACAUCUUAAUGACCUGUAGAAAAACUUUUUUAAAAAAAAACAAGAACAGCAGCAACUUAUAAAUGCAUGUAAGUUAAGUUUAUUCUUUUAUUCUUUUAUAUAUGUAAUGCAAGAUAGUCGCGUGUUAGUUCAGGCCUAAGUAUAAGUUUCCUGGGUGUCCCCUGUCAGUUGAGUGAUCUUCCCUCGGUGAUCUCAUCAUGAAUAAAGUGCUCUUAUUAUCAUUGUCAUUAUAGGUAAUGGUAAUAGGACUGAGUUGAGUCGAAUGCAAUCUGUAAUCAUAUGAGUGAUUUAAAAAAUCGGACCACCACGGAGUAGGAGUCCGAGUUGUUAAUAACAAGUUAAUCAAAAGUAGGACAAAAUUUAAGAAACUAUGCAUUUUGUUAUCAAAAAAACAACGGGUUACUCGACAAAGUACACGACAAAAGCGCACGCACUUGACGCAAACUGUCCAAUAACUGAGCCUAUUAACAAGCAUGACGCGUACAUUGUCCUCCUAACGCCCAAAUUGAAGAUGGCGGUAACCAAUCACCUUUGUACAUUUUACAGUUUUGAUGAUGAUGAUGAUUAUUGCUAUUAUUAUUAUCAUUACUAUUAUUAUUAUUAUUAUUAUUAUUAUUAUUAUUAUUCUCAUUCUUGUUAUCUUUGUCAUUAUCAUUAUCAUUGCUCCAAAAGUUGAUGGGUAACAGUUGAGUUAGUCUUUAUGGUCGACAAAUUUGUACAGGCUUUAGAAAGGAAUUUUUGUUAAUCUGACCAUAGUACUGUUUUCGUUUACUAUCUAUUUAGAAGGUUCAUACGGAUAGAGUCUGUUUUUCUUCGGCCGCAGGAAACCACUCUGAACACACUUUACUCCACUGCUCGUAACUGGGGGAAAUGAAACUUUUAAUGCCUGAAUGCAGAGGAUACGAAAUCCUCUCUGGCUAUUUAAAUUAAAAUUCCCUUAAGGCAAAUACAUAUGAGAAGUUAAGGGCAAGUCUACGUACUCUGCUCAUAUAGUCUGACUGUAGGAAGAGGGUACAGCCACACGUAGGCUAUGACUGUAGGUGAGCCUAUAUCCGGUUUCCAGCUGCUUUUCGAACUGGACUAAGCUACCUGGAAAGUUUUUUCUGUUAUUUAGGAUUUUUCCGUCAGAGAAAAUUGGGUUUGUUUCGUAAGAUAUUUCAUUUGCUGUUUCAGAACAUUUGGAAAUUCAAGUAAUGAAACAGGAAGAAGUACUGAUGUAGGUGACGCGAUGAAUUAUAAAAUAAUUCAAAUAGUACGCGCGCUCUGAUUGGCCAUAAAACCAUUUUACAUGAGCGUAUGUAAACACGGUUUUCGUUCCUCUUUCAUUAGUUAUUUUAUAAAAGAAAUGUAAAACGGUUUCCGUGUUUACAUCAGGCUAUGUAAACACGGAAACCAUUUUACAUUUCUUCAUUCUUAUGCCUUCAUAUAAAGAUAUAUUUUCCUGAAGUCUUAGGUUUGUUUUGUUUUUACGUUGUCUUCCCACUUUGGUUGACGGUUUUCCUGUAUCCAGGAAGUUAUUGUCGGUGCAGUUUUUUAGGUCGAUUAUUCGUUGGUAUUUUCGAAUAAGUCCAAGUAAAUGGGGGUUUAUUUUUCAUAAGACAGCUGGUCUGAAGACUUGAAAUAGUUUUCCAAGCCUGGUAGUUUAUCAUCUUUUAUUGAAUUGAAAACAAUUUUGUCUUUCAGAUUGCAGUCGAAUUGCCUAAACCUUCUCAAAGCCAUUACAUGGCACUGGAGGACAGAACUCGUUCACAAGUGAUGGUAGAUGCCAGUCCACUCAGCACUGAACAAAUCAGCGAGUACGCUUCUCUUAAUCCAUGCACACGCUCUUGGGAAACUCCAAGAGAACAUGUGACAAUAAAGCAAAUCAUUGGAAAAGGUGCGUUUGGUCAGGUUGCCAAGGCAACAGCCGUUAACCUACAAGGAAGAGCCAAGAAGACGCUUGUAGCAGUUAAAAUGUUAAAAGGUACCAAGAAGUAAAGUCAUGUUUUACUUGGUCUUUGAACUGACGUAGAAGUCUGUCCAGAUUGUUUAGUUUUGUUUUAUAUUGUUUUAUUUUGAUGUUAAUCAUAUGCUUCUGCAUAAUUUCCAAGCUCUUUUAUAGAGCAAUCACAUUCUAUAUGACUAGUCCACAAUUAUUUCCAUAGCUUAAAGCUCAUUCAACUUGAUUUGGCGAUGGAAUUUUAAGACGUAGUACAAAUAUUCCGCCCUAAUGAUAGUUCCAUAUUAGAGCCUCGGCUCUUUACGUUGAUGUAUGUUUAAUUCGAAUAAUGUCUAUCUAUCUAUCUACCUACAUAAAAACAUAUAUCUUUCUAUCUAUCUAUCUAUCUAUCUGUCUAUCUAUCUAUCUAUCUAUCUAUCUAUCUAUCUAUCUAUCUAUCUAUCUAUCUAUCUGUCUGUCUGUCUGUCUGUCUGUCUGUCUGUCUAUCUGUCUGUCUUUCAAUCUAUAUAUCUUACUAUCUAUCAAUAUGUCUGUGUGACAAUUUAUCUAUCUAUUUAUCUAUCUGUCUGUCUAUCUGUCUUUCUAUCUAUCAAUCUGUCUAUAUGUCAAUCUAUCUAUCUAUCUUUUGACUUAUCCAUCUGGUUACGUAUACUUACAUAAUGGUACAGUUGAAUGAUAUGAUUGUGAUUCAUUUGAAAUGUUAGUGAUCGGAAAUCAUGUUGCAGAAAACGCUUCUGAGUCAGAGAGAAAGGAUUUGCUGUCUGAACUUGAAUUGAUGAAACAACUUAAACCUCAUCCUUACGUUAUCAAACUCUUGGGAUGCGUUACCAAGUCUGGUAAAUACUGAAAUGUUUGUUAUCAGCUAUGGUUACCGUCAAACAAAAUUAGCGUAAUAAAAUAUGUGCUUAUUGUUCAUCGUGGUGUAAGAUAGGAGAUGAACAUCCUUCCUGGUUAGAAAGAAGAGCCAAGCAAACGUGGCAAGCAGUUCAUUCGUUUGAAGGGACUGUGCACUUACAUGGACAUAAUAGUUGAGAGACUGAGACGAAGGCCACUGUUUUUGUAAUGAGGUCACAUGUGAAUAGUAAAACGAAGAUAAACCACGGUUUAUCUCAAUGUACAUGUACUCUAACAGUGCUAUCACUGAAACAGAGUAAGGAUGCUUCUUAAGAAAAAUAACAAAUUCCAGGGGCGCUUAUUAGAGAGGGGGCACUUAUUGAGCACAGUACUGUAGAUUUUACUCUUUAAAAGGGUGUUCAGUCGUUUCGUACGCACGAGCGUUUCAUACUAAGUCGUUUCGUACCCAAAUCAAGUCCAUUCGUACUCAGUUUGAAUCGGUUUGUACCAGAAAUACUUCACGCACGAGUGCAUGAACAGAUCUCCGUUGUUGCGAACGACAAGAAAGUAGAGUCAAGCGAGAAAGAUGCAAGCAAAUUUCCGUUGUGUUUACCAGUGACAUUCUUCAGAUAAACAACUAGAUUUUUGCCUUGCACUAGUUAAGUGUCAUUUUUAUUUAAUAUAGCAGUCUUUUGUUUACACUUGUGACUUUGUUAACAAUAACAGCCAGUGUAACUGUGAUUUUUUUCCUCCCCUUGUUAUUAGAGGUAAUAAAUUCGCUUAUUCGAACAAAGGAAAACAAACACCAUUCGCUAGUCGCGUUUAAAAAAAUGGACGCCACGGACUUAAAACUUAUUUAACGUAAGGAAUAUUGCUAUUUAAGAUAAGAGGCCAAAGUUACGUAAAAGAUACUUAACAUAUAAAACAUACUUUAUUCGUUUGUUCAAGAAACAACCCAACUGAGUGAGUACGAAUUGACCGGGCUGGGUACGAAAAGACUGGUAACCUUUAAUGGCGAGCUUCCAUCCUUUUUCUGCAGAGUUAAAAAAAAAAAAGAAAAAAUCAGCGGAUAUAAAAUUGACAAUGGAAUUGACCCUAUUUUUCGUGUGCCUCACUCCCAGAGGUCCGCGCGGCCCUGGUAGUCUAGGUUAAAUUAAAGUAGCUGUCUUGAAAUCAAUACCUACAAUGUCACUGUUAGGAUACCUUAUUUACUCUAAUGUUCGCCGCGGUGUUUAUUACGUUUUUAUUGUUUUCGAAGAGUCCUUCGUUGAAGGAUAUAGUCCAUCUAAUUUGCCCCAUCACUCCAAUACCCAUUAUUUCCAUUCCUGUUAACCUUUGGGAAAAUCCACUGACCAACGCUUAAAGCUUGGGCAUAUUUUACUCUUACGUGCACGCUUGAGGUCAAGAUAGAGUUUGUUUGACAGCAGAGAAGUAAAUAGCAGCGUGUGUAUAAUCAAUAAGUGAGAUCUAAGAUCAGCAAAAUUUCCUGUAGGAUUAAAAAUGGACGGAGACUAAAACUGCAUACAUAAGGUUUGCGCACAUGUUGCGGAUAUAAGCCGGUCAGAUUUGAAUACUCUACGAGGGCGGGAAUCUUUCCGGUAGUAGACCAUGAAGAUAAAACAUGACCUGUUAUAGACAAAAAGGUUAGCACAAUGUCAGUUCACCGAAUUGUACUGUAGUUCAUAUUUUAUUUUCUUGUAACCGUUGAAUAAACGUCGUACUCUUCCAAGUGGCUGUGACGUUUACCGGAGAGUUACGUUUAUUAGUUAUUUUGCUUCUAUCUGCGGCAUGUAGUCAAGUAUUUGUGGAACUUUGUGUGUCUCCCUAGAGCCAAUGUUUGUGCUGAUCGAAUAUGUUCCUUUUGGGGAUCUGCUGGGUUACCUGAGAAAGAGCCGUGGAUUAAAUGAUACUUACUACAAAGACCCGGAUAUCAAACCACAAACAAAUCUGACCUCCCAGCAGCUGAUGAAGUUUGCCUGGCAAAUCGCUGAUGGAAUGUCCUAUUUGUCAUCGAUACCAGUGAGUAAUGUAAUUAUUCUUUGAAUUACGUCCUUAUAGAGUAAGGCCUCAUUUGUCGCUCAAUAUACCUCACUUUCCAUUGAAUCGUGGACUCACUGCCCAGGAUGUCAUCAUAUGUCAUUAGUCACCCUCAAGUCUCUCGUUUUGUUGAACGAUGUUUCCAAGAGAAACGUUCUUUCUUUGUUUAAGGUUAUCCAUAGAGAUCUUGCAGCUCGUAAUGUGUUAGUUGGAGAGGGGGAAACGUGCAAAGUGUCGGACUUUGGAAUGGCCAGAGACGUGCAAGAGAACAACAUUUACGAAAGGAAAACGAGGGUAUGAAGACAUAAUGUUCUUGUAAGCCUUGGAUUAAUGUGGCGGAAGAUGCCUGACUGGAGUGACUGUUUAAAGAAAACAAGCUCAAUAAAUCCUGCUCUGUUUUCAGGGACUUUUGUGACACUGUUCUCGCCAUUUGGAGCAUUAGUACUUUUUAAGGACUACGCCAACUCCUUUUAUCUUUACUUCUUAUUCAGGGGCGUCUCCCUGUAAAAUGGACUGCCAUUGAGGCGUUGCUUUACGGAAAAUAUUCUACCAAGAGUGAUGUGUGAGUACAAGGAUGAAAUGAGCACUGCAUUUAGGCAUAAUGAGAAUGGUUUUUUUUUAUUACUUUUGUAUUGCGGUCUUUUUACUUUUCUGGUGUAACGUCAUCUCACUAGGGAGUAAUUAUACUCAUUUUCACACUGUAUUAUGGGUAAUGACCAGGGAUUAACUCCUAUGACCUGUUUACUGUGUCUUUCCCCACCCCACCCUCCCCCCCACCCUUCCGUUCACGACCGAAGAUGUUUUAAUAAUUUUUUUUUGCAAAUAAAUUUUUUACUUACUUCAAUUUAUCCCGUUUAUUUUACAGGUGGAGCUACGGAGUUCUCCUCUUUGAGAUUUUCACGAUUGGUAAGUUACUUGGCAGAUAACCAGUCCAGUAAUUUUAGCCUCAGUAAUUGAGGGGACACGAGGUCAUGAAGUAAGCAGGGUGUACCAGUCUCUGUAGGAUUGGUUUUAGGUCAUACCAAGCCAGUGUAGAUUGCCGCGGUCGCUAACCUUAGCCGGAAAAAAUUACUGAUGGAAACACACCUGUAGAGCCUUUCAUUUUAGAGUAUCUUAACAUUACCUGCUCUAUUCAGGUGGUUCACCGUAUCCAAGGAUGGAUGGAAGAAAAAUUGCAAACUUCCUUCAAGAGGGAUACAGAAUGCCUAAACCACAACAUGUGGAUGAUAAGUUGUAUGUUAAUAUUGCGUUGUUGUUGUCGUCUUCCUGAUGGCGUUUAUCGCACAGUGGUAUUUUUCCUGCUUUUUGUUCGAGUUUUAUGUGAGCCUUAAGAUAAAACCAUCUUUACUUGUUGAACCAGACUAACAAAGGUAAAUGGAAGAAGGAGAAGUACACCAUCACGAGUUGAUCUCUGUUGUAAAAAUCUUUUGCCCUUUUUUUUAUAAAAAGAUGGAAUUUUUAGACCAAAAAGCUUGUUCCUUAAGGAUAGGUCGAACUGUUUCUACUUAAACUUGUUUUUGACGUUUUUUAGGUAUGACAUAAUUACAAAAUGUUGGAAAGACGACCCUAACUUGAGACCAUCUUUUGAGAAGUUGAGAAACAAACUCAAAGAAAUGGAUAACCAGCACAAGGUAGAAUUGUAGAGUUUACAAAGAGAGACUUAUUUGUUCCUUAUCAAAUUUUGAUAAAAAUUUACCACUAUCAACUUAACUUGAUAACGGCGUUACCAUAAAGGCUUCGAAACGUAGUUGAUGGUUUCAAUUUAUAUCGCUUUUAGAGCAGUUUUCAAUUCAGUUUCGUUCGUGGAAAUCGAAAGUGGAAACUAAAACUAAUCCUAGCUUGAUCACACACGUUUUCCGCGCUUUAAGAAGGUUGCCUGAUUUUACUUUGAGUUCCGUUGGUUAAUGUCGAUGUUAACCUUUGUUCUGAGUGAUAGUUGUGAAUAACGAAUAAAAGGGGUAAGUUUCUAAAGAAACUGUGCUGCUGCGUUGGUGGGAGAGUAUAGAAGGUAAUUUAGUGUUAACAACUGAGUUGAAAACGUAAAUUGGCCACCGUAAAGAGUAAAAAAGCUGACGUUUCCAGCGUCUUCUUUCGUCAGAGCGAUAGGCUAACGCUAACGCUCGAAACGUCAGCUUUUUUACUCUUUACGGUGGCCAAUUUACGUUUUCAAGAUAGUUACGAAUACUUUGGGUUUAGUCUUUCUAAGGCCAGGGUUAAUUGAUUUUUUGACAAUCAAUGUAAAACUUCUCUAUCUAAAAUUAACUAUCAGCAAUAUACUCUCUUUCUGGGUAAGAAAAAUGAACGAACCCUCGGAAGCGUAACAGAGUAUUGUAUAAUUUAUACCCACUUUUCAUAUUUUCUCCCAUUUUUUUCUUUUUACAGAGGCUGAUAAACUUAAAAAACUACGAUGAUCGACUCUACGUUAAUGUUGACGAUCUUGCCGUGUGAGCGAGUGGAGCCCCAUGACAUCAUCUUCUAUUUUUCUUAUAUAUUGCACCUUUACCCUUAUUUUUUGCUGAUUAAGCAACUCUUCAAAACAAGCUGUUUUACAACGAAGCAAGGCAAAGUGCAGCUUUGAUAUAUUCUUAUAUAUUUUUAAACUUUUAUUCUUGGAAAGAUAAACCAUUUUGUAUAAACGAGCUUAAAAGCUGCAACCCAAAUUUUUCCCCCGUAGCGUGAUAUAAAUUUUUUAAAAGUUUUUUACGCAAGCACACUCUAUUUUAUUUUGAAAUGUGCGUACGAAUCCACACAAAAAAUAUUCUAAUGUUGCCGCUUUCGUUAUAUUUUGAGAUUUGGCGAAUGAAUUUUUUUGUCGUAAAAAAAUUCCUUUGUUGAUUAAGGUGGCCCGAUAGGGAAAACAGUCACGUUUUUUUUACCAGCGGUUGAACAGUGUUUAGAUGGUGUUCAUUAAGAAAAGUUUUUCGCAACAUACUGUUCAAUUUCAUCACAAAAUUUAAACUUGUAUUAAGCUUUCUUAAUGGUUGCUAUGGGUUUAUAAUAGCCUAGUUAUUCUUUAAAAAUAAAU